AUGUCUGAAACUAUUUCCCAUCAAGCUUGUGCUAGAAAUAAUAUAUUACUUGAUAAUAUUUAUGAAUUAAAUGAAUAUAAAGAAGAAGUUUUAUCAGAAGAAAUAAAUUCCUUAAAUAUAAACAAUAUAGCUAGUAUAAAUAUAAGUGAUUUACAAAAAGAUUAUUAUAUAAAUCGUUUAUGGAGAAGUAUUCCUCUUAGUCCAGAUGAUUGUAAAACUUCU